UGAGUAGCAGUUGACUGUGGGAGUCUUGCUGCGCUGCUCUGGUGUUACCCCUGAAAGAAAUUGUAUAAACCUUUGUGUAGAGAGACUCCGGUUAUAAACAGAAAAGGUCUACGUGAUUCUGGGUGUUUCCAAAGAAUUUUAGUGGUCAAAGUGCGCGAAUAAUGUGUGUGUUGAUGGUGUAGAGUCAGUUUAGUGGAGGGUAAGCAGUCGAUAUUAGCAUCAUGGAGGUGAUACAGACGUUGGAUCGUGACUGUUCUGCUCUGGCUGGUCUCUUCCAAAUGGUCAUCAACGACAUGAAGGGAAGCGGACCUAUGUGGGAGGACUUCCUGAGUCGUGCCAGCAAACUGCACCACGCCCUCAAGGCGACGCUAGCAGCACUCUCCAGCUUCCUGGAUGCCUUUCAGAAGAUUGCUGACGCUGCCACCAGCACACGAGGUGCUACUCGGGAGGUGGGAGCUGCACUUACAAGGAUCUGCCUUCGUCACAGAGCUGUGGAGUCCCGGGUCAAGACACUUACCAGUGCGCUGGUGGAGUGCGUGGUGGUGCCGCUACAGGAGAAGGUGGAGGAGUGGAGACGAUCACAACACACUUUCGACAAGGAGCACACUAAAGAGUACAAGAAGGCGCGGGCGGAGAUCAAGAAAAGAACUGAAAAUGCUGCCCGUCUCCAAAAGAAGGCCAGGAAGGCAGGUAGAAACUCAGAACUCAAUAAGGUGCUUGAGUCAACAGUGGUAGAGUUGCAGGCUCGCUAUGGUGCCCUGGAGGAGGUGGAGAGGUCAGCAGUGCGCCAGGCAUUGACAGAGGAGCGCUCCAGAUAUUGCGCCUUCGCCAAUGCUCUCCGGCCUGUCCUUGAUGAGGAGGUGGGGCUGGUGAGUGAGCUGGGUCACCUGCACGAGGUCAUGACCCAGCUGGAGAAGCACACUGCUGACCCCCACGUCCUCCCACCCGCCAGCGAACAGGUGCUAUUGGACAUAAAGGCUGGCGAGACUCAGUGGUCCUGGCAGACUCCGCCAUCAUCACCAUCUUCACUAGGGUCUCGGAAGUCGUCCAUGUGCUCUAUCUCUUCGCUCAACUCUUCAUCAUCAUCGUCCACACACUCUCCCUCGCAUCAUAACCGCACGCGCUCUGUCAGUCAGGGAACAAGGCUGGUGAGUGUGUCAUCGCAGGAUUCUGGCUUCACCUCUCAGGACACGCUGUGCCAUCCUUCACACCCUCACAACUCUGCUGCUCUACUCCACACACAAACGGCCUCAGGAUUGUCUGAGCAGUCGUGUGGGUCUGAGGGUAGCACACCAUCACCUGCAGUAUCUAAUGCAACUUGGCCCAACCUUACUGACCCAGCACUGCACCAUAAGGCUGCACCUCAUCUUUCAGACAGGCCACACACUAUCUCAUCUGCAUACGAGAAGGGGCGUGAUCGUCCUCCACUCACUGUAUACACAUUUCAACCUCCUGAAGGUCGUAGUGGUCCUGCAUCUCCCCAGAUCUGCUCCCAGCCAUGUAGUCCAGUCUGUCUUGAGCUUGAAAGUGGUUGUGUAAGUCCCCUGGUUGGCCUCACGGCAACCAUUUCUCGACGAUCCUCUCGCACUUCACUUCACCAUAAUCUUUCCUCGUCAAGCCAGGAAAGCCUCGCUCCUUCUGGCAAGCCCAAGCCUCCUGUGCCAAAUCGGUGCUCAUCACUUGAACGUCCAGCUCUGCCAGAAAAAAAGCCCACUAUUCGUAACCAACAGCCACAGCAGCAGCAACCACAACAGCAGCAGCCACUGCAGCAGCAGCCACUGCAGCAGCAGCCACUGCAGCAGCAGCCACUGCAGCAGCAGCCACAGCAGCAACAGCCACUGCCACAGCAGCCACAGCCACAGCAGCCACAGCCACAACAGCAGCAGCAGCAACAGUCACAGCCACAGUCACAGUCACAGCAGCAGCAACAACAACCACCACAACAGCAGCAGAUCCAGAAGCAGCAACAUCAGUCACAGCAGCAGCCAGCACAACCACAACAAGAGAUACAACAAAAUCAACCACAGCAGGAACAGACCCAGCCACCACGGGCAAUGUCACAAUAUGGCUCAAAUAAAAUGGUGCCCAUGGUACCAGAUUUCAACAUGGCAGCUCCUGAUAUGAUUGUGCCCCAGCCAGUGUAUAGUAAUAUGGCAGAACUGUGUGGUGGUGUAGUGAGUAGGAACUGUGGCACUGUUGGAGUUGAAACAGCAGAGACUGAUGGAUCUAACCUCUCCCUGGUAUCUAGCAGUGACACUGGAUCUCAGCAUAACUUGCCACAUGAAGUUUCUGCUGUGUCUGAUGAGUUUGAAGCAAGCAAGUACUGCACACUCCACCGUUACUCUGACCAACCUUUACAUCAUUACCAACCAGGAAGGGUGGUCCUUCGCAGACACCUCUCUCAAUCAGGUAUAGCUUCACCACGUAGUGGAACAUUGAGACGAUCUGGCUCUCACGGACAAAAACCUCCACCUCCUGUACGUCGAACUCCAUCUAUAUCGACUAUAACAUCAACAGUUCCUUCAGUUGCAUCACUGACUGAUGUAAACACAUCAUCUAGCACAAGUCUUAAUAACUCACCCACUCACCUGACUACCUCUGCAAGCACACUUGGCAGUAGCAGUAGUAUAAAUGGAAGUGUAAAUACUUGUGGGAGUGCAAGCCCUAGUCAGGGAAGCAGUAAUGGUAGCCCUCUUCAGCGUACAGACAGUGAGUCCAGCACACCUGUAGGGUCUUUGGAAAAUCUUCCACCUCCUCCAGCUUUCUUGCUGGAAGAUGGCACAGAAGAAACUAACCCUGCUCCUGAUCCAGAUCUCUCUACUCCAGAGGGAGUAAGAUAUAUUUGUGAACCAUUUGGUCCCCCAGCACCCAUCCAAGAUAAAUGUUUGCAGCAACGUGCAAUGACAGUGAGUGACACUGUAAAGACCUUACAGGAAAGUCAACAUCAGCCACCUUCUCCAGUAACUCACCACAGAUCACAGUCCUUGCGCUGCACUCAACCAGCACACAAAGCAGUCCAGAUACUGGAAGAACGUCGAGUUUCUCUAGAGGAUGCUAGAGCAUCCCUUAUGACUACCUUGAAUGCCAAACUUGCUGCCCAAAUCAAUAAUCAACAGCAUUCCAAACAAAUCCAGAAACAGUACCAACAAACAUCUAGGGAAGGCAGCCAGUCACCACGAAUGAGUCGUGCACGUUUAGGAUCAGUUCAAGAAGGCAUGACUAUGGAUAGUCCAUCUCAAUCUCCAGUACACUAUCCAACAAUGCAAAUAAGCAAACAAGAUCAUAUAUAUUUAAAUAAACAUCAGCAUAUGCAGUACCAGUCACCUCUAUAUCAACAUUCAACAUUUAGUCAACCUAACUUGCACCAGUUACAACAACAACCACUUCAAAAACAAAUAAAUACUUAUGAUGAUAUACAGAGCAUUGUUUACCAGCCAGGUAUAGGGAUGAAUAAAGACCCGAAUCAACAAGCAUUUCUCCAGUCAUUAAACGAAAAGCUCUCUCAGCGGCAACAAGGUGUAGAAAGUAUGACUUCCUCUGGUUCACCGCGACUUCGUUCAAGAAGAAAUCCUUCAGCCAACUUAAAACCUCAUCCAAAUGGAAGUGCUCCAGGUGCUCAGGUUCAACGCUCAGGAUCAGGAGCCAGUGAAAAGGCUUCGAAAGUACGUCAGUGGAUUGCAAGCAAAACUAUGGGUAAUGAGAAGAAAAGUAGUGCAGAAUCGGCUGCUCUCCGUGAGUCACUUUUAGAUCAGAUAAAGCGUGGAACUACACUGAGGAGAGCCAAACAUGUAGCUGACAGGUCAGCACCUAAAGUUUCUUGACUUAAUGUGACAUGACUUUUUAAAAAGGUAUGAUGAAGAAAGCUUGAAUAUUAGUGAAAGAAAAAACCUAUAGAUUUUAUGAUCACUGUCCAAUAACCUUGUAGUCAUGUCUGAUGUACAUAGCUAAACAAUUAAUUAUUAUUUCCUUAUAGCUUGGAACAAGACUACAGUCAUUAGAAUUUGCUACUAAUAAAGGAAAGAUGGAUUUUUUUAUUUAAAUGGUGAAAUGUGUUUUAACCCUAAAUGAUGUAAAUGAUCAAAUAUUAGGAAUUUCACUAUUAUAGGGGAAAAGCUAAAUAUUCGUAAAAUAUGCAAAUACUAUACUGAGCUAACAGGUUACAUUCAGUUCUGGUACAGGUACACCAGUUUUGUACCCAACUGUAGACUUGCUUUUUUAUGCUUUUAGUUUUACAUGAUUGGUUAUUGAAUUGUUGGUGUGAAAGUGACUUUUAAAGUAAAAAAUAAAGACCAUGUAUAAAAUAUACUGUGUGUGUGUAUAUAUAUAAAGAUGUAGAGCUAAGGUAUCACAUAUAAUGCUCUAUAUAUAUAUAUAUAUAUAUGGAGAGAGAGAGAAUUGGUCAUACAAAGCAUAUUACACCCCUCUUAACUCGAGAAAAUGAGCUUUACACCUUUUACUAAUUACUGACCAUCACAAAUACUUUAAAAAAAUUGGAUGGUUUAGUCAGAAAUGUCACUGACAAAGUUAGUAGUGGUGAAAUAAUUAUCAUCUAAUAUUCUUCAGUUUGCUAAUGUUCAUUUCCUAUAUGAAGCACUGUAUAUAAUUUUAUUUGUUUAAUAAAGAGUAAAAAUCCUGAUUUUUAAGAAAUGCUGCUAUGCAAAUAGCACCUGUGGCUAGGUCUGCCAGCUAAAAUGUGGAGAUAACUACUGCCAUGAACACUGUAUGCAACUAUACUUUUCCUUGUGUGUCUUCCCCUUAAUAAUAAUUCCCCUCCUUCUUGCUACCCAAUACCCCUGCACCCUUCCCUGCCCUGCUAUGCUGUAUGACCCUUGUAGGUUUAGUACGUCUUUUAGAUUAUAAUAAAAAUAAUUGUCUUCACAUGCAAACAUCAGUAUUUCAACUAAAUCACCCUAGUCCAUGCUUGCUUGUUUUUUUUUUAUUAUUAUUUUGUUAACUCGGGAUGCAACAUACUUCUUUAGCCUUUAUUUAGCCCUUUUGCUUUAUAUUUUUCAAUUACAUUAAAGGACUGAGGCCAUUAUUUUUUAACUAUAUAUGGAGCACUUAACUGUGUGUGUUUAUGGUUAUCAAGAUUAGAUACUUUCCAGCUACAAGUGAUAAGUUUAGCUGCUUCAUUUUUAAAAACUUCGGCCCAAUAGUCUCAAAGAAUUUAUACAGUUUUGUUAAUGGAGCAUUGUGUAUGUACAUACAUUAUUUUACUUUGUAUAAUCAGCAAUGUAUUACUAAAAAAAAAAAAAAAAAAAAAAGCGCUGUAUGACCCUUCUAGGUUUAGCACUCUUUGAUAAUUACUAAAAAUUAUAUUUGUUUACCUCAAAUUUAUUUUUGCAAGCAAGGAAUAGGCAUAUCUUACAUAUUUGAAAAAAGUUUUUAUUUACAAAUGCUCUAGUGUAAUGAUUGUUUAUACUAGCCUGGGAAGAUUUUGCCUAAACUGUGUAACAUUCUGUGCUUACAGAUAUAUCGUUGAAGAUUGUGGCAGAUAUUUAUAUUGACGAUUAACAUUUAUUCUUCGCAUUGUUUCUUUGGGUAAUGCAAGUGAUAUGCUUCACAGCAACAGUACUAACUUAGUUCAUAAAAAUUUUCUUUCAGUAUGGUUGCUUUAUUUAGUUCUUUUUCAAAGCUGUAGGGAACAUUUUCUUAUGUUUAACCCUUAAACUAUCCAAAUGUAGAUCUAUGUUUGCAUGCAGAGCACUCCGAAUGUAGAUCUACAUUUUAUUUUACAUACUUUCAAAUGUAAAAAAAAAAUCUAGAUCUACGUUCGAAGCGCUACGCAUGUGAACGUAGAUCUACGUUUGGACAGUUUAAGAGUUAAAUGCUAUCAUGUAUUUCAUAUAAUAUUUGAUUAGAAAAAAAAUCAGAUUAUUAAUAUUAAGAUGUAUAAAAUAAUUCUAAAUUAUUACUCUAGUCACAUAACACUCAAGAUAAAUGUGGAAUAUAUGUCUUAAAAUUUAAUUAUAAGAUACUGUGCAUGGAAAUCUAAGUUUACUUUCUGCUGUAAAUAUCAGAGGACAUAUCAUAUUACAAUAAUUCUCAAGAUUAUUAUUGUAAAAUAACAUGAAAAUUAUAAAUUUAGCUUUAAGUUUACUAUUCAGUCACUUUUCCAGUAGGUGGGCCAUUUUUACUAAUAACUGGUUGGAGAACCAUAUUAAAGGGAAUAAAGGUUAGUAAUAGAUAAAUAUGCUCAUUUCUCCACAGCUCCAUAGUUUUUAUGGCUAUGGCUUUAAGUUUGGUUGGAGGCACAAGGGUUUGUUUCUUUUCUAAUAAUCAACUUUAUGAUAUUCGAGGGUUGUUAUAGUGAGAAUUUUUUCUGGUAGAUAUUUUGUAAAGGAUAAUUUGUAAACCAAACUUUUGCUGAAGCUUCAGAAAAUUUUUCAUACGCGAAAAUUAACUGAAGCAGCUUUUAAAUUUUAAUAUUGCCAUCAAUGAUAGCUAAUAUUACAACAAUUGUCAGGUGUGUUAGUGCCUUUCCUUUUGUAGUUCAUUGCGUCCAUAAAUAUCAAAUACUAUUUGCCCAACACUUUAGUGAGAGUAAAUCAGUUUUGUACAGAUAUGGAACUAGCAAAUUUUCAACUUGACUCAAAAUUAGUCAUAACCCAAAACUAAACCAAAUUCCUUCCAUGAAAUGUGAUUUUUUGGUUAAUCAUCCUUCAUUUAUGUCCUCUAUAUUUAUGAAAACUACCACCACACUCAGAAUAUAAAUGUUCUCUGCUCUUGUCAGUAAUUUUAGUAACAACACUAUAACUCCUUCAAGUAUCAUAUACAGUGUAUCAAAGAUCAACACGGGAACAAGCAACUUUGGUGUUUGGUCUAACACUGCAGUCUAUCCUAAGCUUAAGAAAAUGGUGCAGUAAACAUAACUCAACUCAGAAAAUGAUUGUAAAAGUAAAGCUGAGAUUUCUACCUUGGCAGAGAACACUACUGUGGCUGUUCCACAUUGGAGUCGAUAACUAAUAAUACCCCAUACCUGGAGACCCAGUCCAGUGCCUGUUUGUAUGAUGAGCUCACUUUACCUACGUCUAAGACUGUCAUAUAUAUAGUGAUUGCUACUUUCCUAUAACAUCAGUAGGAUAAUUUCUUUUAUAUGACAAUAAUUAGUUUGCGGGAAGAUUUUUGUCAUGUGUUGUGUAUAAAUAUGUCAUAGAUAAUGAUUAACCAUAAUAAAAGUGAAUAAAC